AUGUUUAACACUCCGCAGUCGUUUAGAGGACUGGAGCUGUGUUGCCCAGGCAGUUGUGUUUUUCGUGGCAUUCAAGUCCUUAAAAGCUCUCUAGGAUUCAUUGAGGCGAGCGAAAGCGGGCCAAACCAUCCGAAUGGCACUCAGCGAGUCCGUGCGAUUCCAUUUGCGACAUGUCUCGGGCAAUUGUGCAAAGUUGACGAAAACUUUGGCAUUCAAUAUGAGUGUCAAGUGGAUAUGAUGAUCCAUUACAACGUGCCGUCACCACACGAAAUGUUCAAUGCUGGCCACCUCCCAUCCGUCUGUCGUGCUCUCGUCAUGUCGUCCUGCUGCGGCCCGAUGCAUUAG